CUCCGAGCGUGGCGCGGGGUUUUGUGCAGUGGCGUCUGCCGCGGGCUGGGCGUUAUGUCCCGCGCCGGGGACGAUGCACGUGGGGAGGAGCAGGAGCAGGGCACUGCUGCCGGCGCGUUCAGCUUCAGCCCGGAGCCCACGCUCGAGGAUAUCCGACGCUUACAUGCAGAGUUUGCUGCUGAGAGAGACUGGAACCAGUUCCACCAACCCCGGAAUCUCCUUCUGGCCCUGGUGGGAGAAGUGGGAGAGCUGGCAGAACUCUUUCAGUGGAAGUCUGAUGCAGAGCCUGGCCCCCACGCCUGGCCCCCGAAGGAACGAGCAGCACUUCAAGAAGAGCUUAGUGAUGUCCUCAUCUAUCUGGUGGCAUUAGCAGCCCGAUGCCACGUUGAUCUUCCCCAAGCAGUUCUCUCCAAAAUGGAAACCAACCGGCGACGUUACCCAGUUCACUUGUCCCGUGGCUCUGCCUGCAAGUAUACAGACUUGCCUCACGGAGCCAACUCUGAAGACCAGACCAGGCCUGCAGAUGAGCCCUCAACCUAAAAACAUGGGACUGGAACCUGCAGCUCAGCAUGGCAGAGGGCAGUCCUGAUCAUGGAACAGUCUCCUUUCCUAACAGUGGGCCUGAGGGAACCAUUUCCUGGUAUCUGAGGCCCAGAAUCCCUGCAGGUGCCUCCUGGUGUUGUCUCUCCCAAUAAACGGUUUUGUGCAA